AUGCCGCCAGUUAUCUUCGAGUACUUCCAGUCGUUCGCUCUCGACGAGAACCAGAGCACUGACCAGCGGCGACACAUUACUGUCACCCUUUCCAACGGAAACGUCCUGAAAGCUAUAUGGCUCAAGGUUCCAACAACCGGGACGGCAGCUGAGGUGGAUACUUUCAUUGAGACCCUCCGCCGUGGAGAUGCGCCCAACCCGCUUACUCGUGGCAUCAAUCUUGUUCAUGAGAUGGUGGCCGUUGUGGACCCAACCCUGUCCAAAGCACAGUCAGCUCUGCAGCAUCUCGCGAUCUACGAGGCUCGACAGGGCCUUCGAGCUGGCAUAUGGCACCUCCAGAGCGCUCUUUCUGCCAUCACUGUAGACACAAUCCUUCCUGCCAUGACUGAACACUCAAUCCAGGGCCUGGCCGUCCUUGGAGGUGCCAUUCAGAAUCGAAAGAACAGUUUGUCCGAGGCUGCUGCCGAGGUGACCACUGCUGCCAACACGAUCAUCGAGGCUCUCGUUCACCUCCACCAUGAUGGCGAAAUCACUGAGGAGCAGUGUGAUUCUGAUAUUCAUGUCCUCUCUUUGAGCGCCUUCAAAUUGCGUGUCUUGAAGCAUGCCUUCAAGGAGGAGUGGUUUAUCUAG